ACGGAAGAAGACAGCGCCCACAGCGCCAAAAUUCAAAACGUCUUUGAACGGAGUAGACAAUAUGUAAAUAACACUUUAUGACAGGGUUUUCUAAACUGUUAUAGAUAAAUAAUAAUUACAAUAGUGAAAAAAUAAUGAAGGAAAUGUUUGAAGUUUGACUCGGGGACCAGCCAAAUGAAGUCGCCUGAAACUUUGCAGUAGUAUGAAGCAAUCCAGUGAAGGGCAAUUUUAGUGAGCCGACCAUGAGACGGAGCCCAAGGAGACCCCUGAUCCUAAAAAGAAGAAAAUUACCGUUCCACCAAAAUGAUCCAACUCCAGCUGACAAACCCGUUCAGACCUUGGCACCAGGCGCUAGGGAGGCGCCUAAAUCAGCCGCCGGCCAGUGCUUUCCUCAUGGUAUUCCCAUCAUGGAUCACCCAUUAAUGUCUAACACGCAGGUGGUUGUCAUCCCCAAAGAGGCUGAUCUAAAAAGCAUCAUCGGUGCCCUGACUGCAAAGGGAAAAGAGAGUGGUGUCCAAGGCCCAAAUAAGUUCAUCCUUCUCAGUGAGGCUGGCAGCGGGGACCACGGAUCUUUCCACCAGGCCGUUAAACAGGAGCAGCCGUCUACUUCUAAAAGAAAAAUUAAACAGGAGAAAAUAGAGCUUACCCACAAUUUACCUCUCACUGGAAUUCAGUCACAUGGAAGUAGCAGUCCUCUAGAUGACAGCCUCACCAAUAUCCAGUGGUUGGGAAAAAUGAACACAAGUUCCUUGGAGCCUCAUCUUGCAAAUGACAGUGCUGAAAAGGAGAGCAUUGAUCAAAAACCCCAGGAACUACCGGCCCACAGCACAAAAUCAAACACAGAAAACACUCGGCCGGCGUUAGAGAGGCCGCCGUACUCCUACACAGCCAUGAUCCAGUUUGCAAUCAACAGCAGGCAGAACAGAGGGAUGACUCUAAAGGAAAUUUACACAUGGAUCGAGGACCAUUUCCCUUAUUACAGAGAAGUGGCCAAGCCUGGAUGGAAGAACUCCAUAAGGCACAACCUUUCUCUGCACGACAUGUUUAUCCGCGAGCGGUCGCCAGACGGGAAAACCUCUUACUGGACCAUUCGGCCUGAUUUUAAUCGAUGCCUGACUCUUGAUCAGGUUUACAGACCUUGUUGCAAUCCAGGGACCGUUCAUUCUCCCGGGCCUAAGCGUUCAUGUACCCACCAAUCAAAGAAAAAGUACAUCGCCGCUGGCACACCCACUUCCUCUGAGAGGAAGAUGAAACCGCUUCUCCCCCGUACCGAUGCUUACUUGGUUCCCAUCCAGCUCCCCAUCACUCCCUCUGCCUGUCUGCCAGCCUCGUCUGGUUCUUUUGGCUCCACUGGCUUAAAGCACAAACAAAAUGCUUCACGGGGGACAAAGAGAGUUCGCAUAGCACCAAAGGUGACAGAGAGCAACACCCCGGCUGUGGCUCUACCUCUGCUGAACAAUCUGAAGGUGGAACCUGUAAAUGUUCCAAUCCAAUGUGAGACAUGCAGACCUUCUCCAAAGAGACAGUCCAGUCGCUCCAGGCGCAAACAGAGUCUAGUGAACUCUCUGCAAGAAGAGCCCAUCCUCGUCUGUCCGGAUGACAGCUUCUUUGACUCCGGUGUUGCUUCAGACGCUUCCACCUUCCAGGACAUGAGAGAAUCUGAUCCAAACGAGCAGAAGAACAUAAAAAGCAGUCCUGAGCGCGAACUCUACUUCAAAACCCCUAUAAAAAGCCACAGCCACCUCAGCUCCUCCACCCCAAGCAAGCCUCCACCUAGUGUCUCUCUCGAACCCUGGAAGGUGACCCCCGUGGGAAAAGGUGGGCAGGGCACCCUCGACUUCAGCCCCAUUCGCACACCGGGUGGUCCAAUAGUCACGCCCCAACGGGAUUACACCACCUUCAGCUUCAACAGCACUCCAUUCAAAGAGCUGCCUUUGUUCAGUUCCCCCAGGGAGCUGCUCACUCAUGCUACCUGCAGAGUGCCGCCAUCAGAUCCCCCCUCUGAGCUGCAGCAUGCAGGAGCUUCAGUCGCCCCGUCGUCUAACCGCUCCAUCACAGAGGGCCUCAUCCUGGACACCCUGAACGACAGCCUGAGCAAGAUACUGGUGGACAUUAGCUUCUCUGCCCUCGACGACGAAGACCUGGGCAUUGCUAACAUCAGCUUGUCUGAGUUUCUCGGUCAGUUUGUUUAGCCUGGUGGCUAAAACCAUAAAAACCUGUUGUUGAACACUAAAGCACACGCAGACUUCCUCAGCAAAGCAAACCUACUUCUUUAAUGCUCUUGACUGGACUCUUUAAACUGGUUACUGUGUGGGUUAUAUGUUCCGUCUUUGAUGUUUUUAAAAGUUUAUAUCAGUCUAGAGGCAUGAUAGACCUCAACAUGUUUGUUUUUAAUCUUAUUUUUUCUGUGCAACUAUAAUUUAUUGAUUCCGCUCCAACACAGAUGAAAUAUUCAAGAGAUACCAGCUUUAUUCAGAUCAAUUAUGCUGAUAAAUGUAGUUUAAUUGAGCUUUUUAUUAGCAACUGGCUGCAUAAAAAAGGCUGCUCUCAGUAAUCUGUCUGUUCUUUGGUGUUCACACAUGCUUUGCUCUUUUUAGCUGAUUCUUCCUGCUUUACUUCCUCAAUAAAAUCCAAGGGUCAGUUUUAGCGAGCAGGUCAGAUUAAGAGCUUUACUGACCUCCUGUUAUUUCUCUCAAUUAAUUUUCCUUUCAUUUAUCUACUCUGUAUAACUUGCUUUAAAGAGCUGCAUGGGAAGAGAAAUAUUUAAGUGUAUAAAUGUUGAUUUGCACAUCAUAAUAUAUGUUAUACUGUUUUAGUUGUGUAAUAGUUUGUCUGAUCACUUAGAGUACUUUUUGUUUUAUUGGGUUCCCGUGCUUUGCAACCCAAUAUUGGACCAGCAAUAAAAAGUAUUAAAAGUAGCACUAACAGCAAUAGGAUUGUCUGUGAUGAUUGUUGUUUUCAGAAAUCUUCACUGUAAUUACUGUUUGAUGGGCUCUUAGCAGCUGAAGGGCACUUUGUAUCUGAAACAGAGGAAUUUAUGUAAACAGCUAAUGUAAGGAAUGCAGAAUAUUGAGUGUUGAUGUUCACCAAUCUUUGAAGGACAUUCUUCACCUAUUUUUAACCACAAAAUAAUGUGUGCUUUUAAAAAAAGGGGUCGUUGGGUUGUCUUAACUCUUUAAAUCGUGUCAGUUUCAGCGCUUUAAACAGCUGUUUUUAAAGAAAGUU